CAGUUUCAGGUGGAAUUCCCCUGAACUCACCUGAGUCCGUUCUCCACUCCUUUACAGGAGUAUAAAGCGUUACAGGUAGUUAAAGGAAGAAACACGUAAAUCUUCCUCAGACAUACAGGUCACAUAGAGAACAGCCAGAGGAGAGCACUAAUACUUUAACAGUGGGAAUUCCACAAUACAUGCUCAUACUGCGCAUUGUCCUGGAGCAUAAUUCCUUUGCAUCAUAUUGUGGCUCUUGCUGUUAUCAGUGUCUCCAUGUCAUCUCCCUGCCUCAGCAGCAUCCUGACUCAUGCUAACCUCACCAUGUAUCAGACUGGCAUCCCUGAUGUCCUGUCACAGCAGCCUGGUGUGCUGCCCAGCAUCAACACCCUGCAGAAUUACAGCUCCAACAUAAGCGGUCAGUGGUACAGGCACAUCAGCCCUCACUGCUGGACAGCAGACAAUGUUCUGGAGUGGAUCAGUGACCAUGUAGAGAGCACCAAGUUUGAUGCAAGCAUCCUGAGUCUGGCCUACUGCACCAUGGAUGGCCCUGCUCUCUGCCAGAUGACCCGGGACCAGAUGAUCGAGGUCUUCGGCCCGCAACUUGCCCCGCACCUCCACCAGAGUCUGCAGGAACAUAAGACCAAAUAUGAGCUGCAGAGCCUGUCAGGACCAGAGCUGAAUGAGACCUGCCAGCUCCUGGACAACUUCCUGCACAACCUGAACUUCCCUCUGCUCAGCAGCAUUAGAAUUGGCCAAGCUGAGGAGGCCAUCAGCAAGAGGGAGUUUGACUACAGGGAUGAUUAUGAUCUUACUAGUCUUACCAUAGAGCCCAUGACACCUCUUGGAGACACCGAGUGCCUGUCUGAUAACCAGUCUGACAGCGAGUACAGCUCCUCCUCCAACAGUGGCAUGUUUGACUUCUCAAGCCUCAGCUCCCCUGAGUCUGGCAGUGGUGAAUCAGACCCAGAGUUCUCCUACCCCCUGAUUUCAAAGGUGCACAUCAAAACAGAGAAAGGAGAGUCUCGACUCAAGCGACCCAGGGGGCGACCUCCCAAAGCCAACAGAGAGCACAGCAGCAGCAUUUAUGAAAAUCCAAAGAAAAACAAGCAUGCGCCUCGUGGCACUCACCUGUGGGAGUUCAUCAGGGACAUUCUGAUCCACCCAGAGAGGAACCAGGGCCUGAUGAAGUGGGAGGACCGUCGCGAGGGUGUCUUUAAGUUUCUCAAGUCUGAGGCUGUGGCUCAGAUGUGGGGCCAGAAAAAGAAGAACAGCAGCAUGACGUAUGAAAAACUCAGCCGUGCCAUGAGGUAUUAUUAUAAGAGAGAGAUCCUGGAGCGAGUAGAUGGCCGGAGGCUCGUAUACAAAUUUGGAAAGAACUCCAGUGGCUGGAAGAUUGAAGAGAUUGGCAUGGGCAUGUGAGACAUCAGUCACCGAGCACGUAGAAGCCAAAAUGCCAAUCAAGGCAAUAGUUCAGAACUAGAAAUACUUGUGUGGCCUGUCUGAAAAAAAUCCUUCCUUUCCCAGAUGUUUAAGACACUAACUUCCUCUUAGAAGGAAGGUGUUGCAGAAAAUGUAAGCCAGUGUUUUUGGCUCUAGUAGGUUUUAUGAACCAAUAUUAAUAUUGUACCUGUUUUAUGCUUUUGAUUGUCACUUCAGAAACCUAACUAUAUGCACAGUAACCAAAGUGGGCAUCAUUUUGGAUGCUGUAAGCACCUAAAGGCUGAAAAGGCUAACUAUUUACAAAUGUACAGAAUUCACUCUGCUGUUUGUUUUGAGCUGAAGUUAGUGUAGUGAUGCAGGACUGGCUCAUCCUCAUCUGUCACUAUGUUUUUUUUAGUAUAUGGGCAUUAAUGACUGUACUGUGGUGCUCAAAUGUCUGGAAUGUAUCCUUCUUUUUCUUACUUUUAUAUUACUUUCUUGUUAUGAAAGGGUAUAACUUUCACUAUCAGUUUUCCAAUCACUUAUGGAUCAAAUUUGGAAAAGUCCUCUGCUGGUGAACUCAAUGUGAAGGACAAUGAUAGAAUUAGGGUGAAAUAGUGAUACAACUUCACAUUAAUACAGUAAUGAUGUGCACUACAUGUCUAUCAGUAUCACUUAUUUUAAAGUGUGUUUAUACAAAGUACAAAGGAGUAACUAUAUCACGUCUCAUAUAUGAUCAUCACGUGUAAAAAGUGUUUGUAUAAAUCAGUCAGAUAUCAGCUGCAUGUUGUGUGAAUUUUUUUAUUUGUUAAUGUGAUUAAAGAGAUACUUUGCUGAUUUUCAACCGACAUUAACAUUGUUAAGGUACCCCGUGUGCUGCCAGCUCCCGGAGGUCCCCGCCUGUCCAUCAGCCAAAAUCUGCCAGAUGGAACAUGUCAGCAAUGAUGUGAAAUGACAUAUUGUUGCUCAUGACAAGGGCAGGGAAUUCCUGCCGCUGAGGAAGGGGGGGAUGCCAAACACUGUUCAUCAGCAUACACUCCCCACACUGGUUGAAAAUUGGGAGUAAAGUAUUUCUUUAGUCCACUUUGCUGUCUUCCACUUUAUACUGAUAAAUGUGUAUACCUGUAAAAUACAUCUCAUUAUAUCUAUAAUAUCUCUUAAAUAAUUGCUUUUUUCCUUUUCUUUUUUUCUUUUUUACAGAAAUGCAUUUUAAUGUGUACUUGCUGUUUUGAGAUUCAUUUUUAAAACUGAACUCAGGGAUCUUAUUGGUAUAUCUGUAACCAUCAUGAAGGUUGGAAGAUGUGAUAAUGAAGUGCAACUCUGAGUGUUAAACUUAAACAAUGCUAAACAAUUAUCACCCACUUAUUGUCUGCAGUACUCCUCUAAAAUAUCCUCUUCAUUCUGAUGGGUAUUUAGCCAAUAUGAAAUCACAGGAGGGAGAGAAUAUUAUACAUUUGCAGCUGACGUCCUUCUUGCUCUGAGUGGGACUUCAGUUACUGAAAGAUUAAUGAGUGCACCAACUUGGUAAUUAGGACUGCAAUUAUUAGUUGGGUAGGGACAAGCCUUGAAUUACAUUAAAAACAACAUUGGGACAAAGGGAGACAACAUUUUCCAAAUUGAAUCCCUUCAUCCACACUGCAUCUAGCACCACCACCACCACCACCACCACCCACCCACUUUAAGCUCUUUAUACAAACACAGGCAAUUUCAAAUAAGCUCUAGUAGUGACAGGGAUGGUGUCUCUAACAACCAUUUCCAAAUUCAGUGUUAUAAACACAUCCAGACCAUGCUCUGUUCUGCAUACAUAUACACGAUAGGAUUACAAAACACAAAACGCCAAGAAAGUUACUUCAACAUUCAGAGGAAAAAAAUAUUUCAAAUAAGACUCUGGUGGUUACAAUCGGUUUACCUUAACAAAAAGAGCAGAGAAAACAGUAAAAUAAAAUACUGAUCCAAGAAAUUGCAAGGCAUUAAAUCAUAGGAUCAAAUCAUGAGCAAAUUAGAAACUCUGCACUUCAUUUCCAUUUUUCAAAUCUAGUGUUUAUCAUGUGUUAAUAUAUGCAAUUCCAAGACUUGUUUAAGAAUCCUAGUAUGCAGAAAUAAACCAUUUUGAAAAAUGGCAAUGCCCCUUUCCCCUCGCCAAAAUUUCGCCUAACUUUGGUGCAUUAUUUAGCCCCUUACCAUUAAGAUAGCAUGACAUGAUUUUUACUAAUGAAUGCCUUAGGCUGUCUACUUUAUUAUGAUAUUAGUAUCUUCACUCCAGCUGUAAAACCGAGUUUGCUAUGGUGGGUUUGCUAAUUAUUUACUGCUAGGUGCUACCUCACCUCAGCUUCAUUUGUCAACCCACAGGCUGUAUGGUCAUAGCUGUCACCAUAACUGCAGGGAUCAGGAUCAGAUGACAAGUUGAAAUGUGAUUUAAUAACAGUGAUUGUAACUUGUAUUGUCAGUUAAAAGUAUUGCUGCGAAGUUUAAAAAAUGAACUAAAAAAUACAUUAAGGGGCACAUUUGAUUGUUUUUUCUUCAGUGUAUCUGAAACGUUCAAAAUUUGAAUUCACAAACAAAUUUAAUGUGAACCUAUUCUCUAUGUCAAUGAAUAGCAGGGCUUCAACAGGGCUGGACAGAAUUAUCUUUAACUGGUUACAGUGAAUGAAUAAAUUAGCUGAAGUGAAUAGAUAUCACACUGUGCAUGAUGACAGUCAUAACGAUCACCUUUAUCAUACAUCAGGACACACUGUGUUUGACUGGCUUCAUUACCUGCACUUCAAGUGAGAGUGCAGAAAAGAAAGAAGCAACAACAACAUCACUAAAGCAAUGUCAGUACGAAAACAGGGCCUCAUACUGAUCCAUACUGUAGACUUAACCAGUGUGGUGCCAUUAAAACUUGUA